AUAUUCAUAAAUAAUAUUUUUAUAUUAAAUGUAUUAAUUAUAAACAGAAGCAUAGCCAAAGUAAGGCAGAUUUUCAAGUACCGUUUUGUGGACAGAAAAAUAUCCCAGAAUUCCUGGUAUUGUAAUCAUCUAUAUUAACGUAACUUGAAAAAGGAAAUUGGUGAAGGUUUGAACGCUUUUACAAAAAUAUUUUAAAUUUCAAAAUAAAAUACAUAUCUCUCACAGUCAACUUCCUUAAGCUAUGAUUAACUUUGUCUUAGCGAAGCAGUUAGUAAAACAAUCGACCAACCCUUCUCGAUUAGAAAUGUCUAUGCUUACGUCAGCAGCGUAAGAUUGCUACCAUAACACCGUGAGGUCUGUUUUAAAUCUAUUUUUAUCAUGUCUCCUAGCUCUUACAGCCUCGCAGAAAUACAACACAAGAUAGAUAAAGUCAAACAGUUUCUUUCGAUAGCUCUGAGAAUCGCGAACGCGCACACUGUGGAGUUUUACACGCAUAACGUGUGGAAACAGUUCGUGGCUUUGCCGCCGGAGGAUGUUCUGUCGGCCGUGCUUCGCGGCAGUGAGCAGCAGGGGGCGCCAGAGUUUAAAAGAAAAGAUGAUUCCAGAAGCAUUUUUGGAUUUUGCCCUGACACACAGCGCCUGGUCGAUGCCCAUGAACUUCUGCGGGCAGCAACGGCUCACUCACUCCCAGGGCUUGGCGUCUGUUGGAGCAGAGAUGAGCUGCUGCAGACCCUCAGGGAGGAGAAGCUCGAGUCUGGAGCUGCAGGAGCAGAGAUGGGUGCUGAGCUGCAGCCAGAUGAGUUUAUGAACUCUAAAAAAUCUCACGAGGUCCAGUCCAUGUCUGAGGUGGUGGCGUGUUUGGCUAAGUGCUGUGGAGUCAGACAGGUGAUCGAUGUGGGGUCAGGGAAAGGCUACCUGAGUUCUUUCCUCUCACUGCAGUACGGUCUCCAAGUCUACGGCAUCGACUCUUCAAGCAUCAACACCCACGGCGCCCAGGAGAGGAACAGGAAGCUGAAGAAGUUCUCCAGAUCCUACCAGAAACGCAUUAAGGCUGUGGAGGCACAGAGAGAAGCCGAGCAGUCGCAUCAGGACACGUCAGAAGAAGAGAAAGUUGGAUUCAGUGGAGACGGUGGCGUUUUAUGUGGCGCUGAGGGAGAAAUUAUGUCAGAGGAGACGGAGAAGGAUUUCUCAGAUGUCAGCUCUGCACGGCCAAAUCCGGAAACAGAGGAGAUGUUCCUCAGCGCCUUAUCAUUGGAUGUGAUCGAAACGAUGCCCCCUAGAAUUUCUCCAACUCUGCUGAGUGCCGAGGAGAGGGAGAGGAGGAAGAAGGAGAACCUGGAAAAGAAAGCUCUAAACAGAACCGAUGGCACGAGUGCUGUCUUUUCACCCCUCACCUCUUAUGUCACAGCUGAAACAGAGCUGCGGGAACUCAUCAGUGAGCUCGAGCACGCGGUCAUGGUCGGCCUCCACACGUGCGGAGACUUGGCGCCCAGCACCCUGAGGAUGUUCGUGGCCAAGCCGGAGCUGAGUGCAGUCUGCAGCGUGGGCUGCUGCUAUCACCUGCUGACCGAGGAGUUUGACCCAGCUGUGCAGGGGUGUCCUGACAGGCUGUGUGGAUUCCCUCUCAGUCACUAUCUCCACACUCACUCCUGGUUCUGUGGCAGAAACGCCAGGAUGUCUGCGUGUUUGGCGCUGGAGAGAGUUUCACUGGGACAGGGGAUUCAGAUGGAGUCUCUCUUCUACCGAGCAGUUCUUCAUGUCAUCCUCAGGGAUCACUACAGCGCCUACAAGAGUGAGAAGAGAGUCGGGAACGUUUACUCCAAGGCCACGUCAUUCGUCGACUACGUUCGUCGAGCUCUGCGCAAACUGGAGCUGGAUGAGUCAAAGCUUUCUAACAGCGACGUCCAGGAAUUCCACGACAGAUUCAGACCCAGGAUGAAUGAGAUGUUGGCCUUUAACAUGUUAAAAGUGACCCUGGCUCCCUGCAUCGAAGGUCUGAUUCUCCUGGACCGUCUGUGUUACCUGAAAGAACAGGACGUGCCCGUGUCAGCGCUGGUGCAGCUCUUCGAUCCUCUCCUGUCUCCUCGAUGCUACGCCGUCGUCGGACUGAAGAUGUUUGGGAAACAGAAUUGCCUGAGCUGAUGAGCGUCAACACAUGACCAAAUGAUCGCAAAUGUGUCAUGCCAGUGAUUCAGACCAUAAUCUGUUCAUAUUCUUCAUGUCUUGUUUAAUAUGAUUUACUGCCGCGGCCGAUGAAAAACAAAUGUCAUUGACAUUUUCGUUUUCAGGCUCUUUGACCUGGUUCUUCUCCCAGAGGUCGACAGAUGAACAAACAUCUUUCAAGCACCUGUAAAAGCGGUUUGACCGACGGCGUGUUUGUGCUUUUGUCUUCGUGUUUAAGACACUCCUGAGGAAACACUUGUUUUUCUAAAGACUGUCCAGGGAUUUAAGAGCCUCGGGAGACACGUCUGGAAACACAAUUUUGGUCGACUCCCGAACAAGAAGCAGUUGAGGACGACGACGGGACUGUUGAUGUCCUUUUUUGUCUUUGGUUUUUGAACAUUUUUAAUAAAUCCUGCUUGUUUUUUAAUAAUAUGGUUAUAUUUUGUCGAGUGUUUAUUGCAUAACUCAGCAGUGAUGACUGUGGGAAAUCAAAUUUACUGUAAACUGAGAUGAAGAAAAAUAAAGGAUGUCAGGGACAUCAGUUUGAUCAGUAAAGGUAAAACUUUUAAUCGCAUUAAAAUCAUGAUUAAUCAUGGUUUUUUUGUCAUUACCCUGUGUUGGUGUUGACCAUUAAUGACAGCGACACUGGUGCAGCAGCGUUUCUGUAUUUCACAUCCACCACCCUCAUCUUCUAUAUACACUAAGUGUACAUACAGCAGCCCACACAUCUGUAUGUGAUGGUGAGAUCAGUUCUGCCCACGUCACCCCAGUUAAACUGUGCCACAGCUUUUAUUUUUAUCUCUGUAAAGACACAUGGUUUGAAGUCUCUGCUGUGUCUGGACCACGUUUGGAUCCAGCAGCACAUUCUAAGCUGACAGCCAACGGACUCUGGUGGCUGUACUGGUUUGGACGCAAAUGCAACCAAUUCAAGUUAUAAAUAUUGCAGGGUUUUUUUUUUUUGUGGGCAAGUUAGUCACGUCCUGUGGACCUGUCCUCUUCCUGAUGCCUGCAUGCAUGUGUUUACGAAAACACACACGCAUUUCUUUCAUGUGCCCACAUGGACAGGAGGAAGGGAAUGAUAAAAAGGGCUUCAGUUAUAAUAAACUCACAAACGUGUUUCUGUUAGCUGGCCCACAAACAGCUAAAAGUUAGUGCAGAAAAUAACUGGGUAACAACAAUGUGGUAAUAUGACAGUUAAUAAUAAUAAGCCAAAUGCUAGUGUAGGGUUAGCCUGCCAUUAGCCAAAUAAGCUAUGAGGUAGCAAGAGGUUACUGUAAGCAACAUUGAUUUUAAACUAAAAAAAUGUCAAGUCAGGUAGAAGUGCUUUUAGAGUUUAAAGGUUAUAUUAGCCAUAUUAUGUCCAAAAUGAUAAACAGAAGUCCUCAAGAAACUGCAUAUGGUGUUCAAAAAUUAGCCAAUAGCUAAAAACGUUAUAGCAAAAAAUAGCAAAGAGAAAGUCAUUUUUGACAUGAACAUUCAUCUAAAAUAGCUGUAAGUGUAAAAUAUUUCAAAACAUAUAACACAUAUUAAGACAGUAUCCUGUUCGCUAACAAAAAUAAGUUA